AUGGGAGAGGACAAAUCAAUUUCUAACCAGGAAAUUUACCAGAUUUUACUGAAAUUGAGCAGUACUUGUGAGCAUAUACAGAAGCAAAACGAAGACAUCAAAAGCGAAGUUCAGGAAUGCAGAGAAACAUUUUCUAAGGAAAUUGAGGAACUAAAAGCUGAAAAUAAAGAACUGAGGGAAGAAGUAGAGAAUCUGAACAGAAAAGUGAACGCAGUUGAGAGGAAAUUGAAGAAAUUUAAUGUAAUAUUCUAUGGACUGAAAGAAGAAGAGGGCGAACUCAAGAACGCCGAGUUCCUACUAGAAAUCAUCAACAAUAAAUUAAACACUCCUUGCAAAUCCAACGACAUUAGAGACUACUAUAGAAUCAAAAGCAAAGAUUCUGAACAAAAUAACCCGUUAAUUGUUGAGUUCAUACACUAUAAACUUGUAACAAGUAUACUAGAAAAUUCUUCAAAACUAAAAGGCUCUGGAAUAUUUGUCUCCAAAGAUUACAUACAAGAAGAUUAUCAAAAAAGAAAAUACCUUUAUAGUAAACUCCGUGAAGCUAAACACAAUAGAAAAGAAGCAAGAAUAAAAAAUAACACCCUAAUCAUAGAUGGUGUGGAGUUCACAUACGAAGAUCUGGUUGAAAAGGAGCAGCACAUCAGCCAGUCUGAUAUAGAAGUAAUUGAAAGAAAGGAAGCGUCUCAAAAAAGGAAGAAAACAGCUAUAUCACCAUUAGAGCAUCCACGGAAAAGAGUAACCACAAGGUCCCAAGAAAGAAGAAAUAAUUAA